UAGUCUAUCUCCCUUGAAUUCUCUCAAAAUGGAGAUGAAAUCUCUUAUUAGGCCACAAAUGAAUUUAACUUCAAACAGAUUUUUACGCAUUUUAGCCAUCUCUUUUACUAUAUGUAUACUUCUAUAUUUCAUCACAUCACUUAGCUUGUUAUGGACCAACUCGAAUUUUCGAAACUUUUUAGUGUCAUCAUCACAUUUCUCACAACCCUUGUCUCUUGAUCACAUAGUGUUCGGUCUAGCUUCCUCGAAAACAUCAUGGAUGAAGCAAAAGGAGUUCGUAAAGAUAUGGUGGAAACCCGAAUCAAUGCGAGGAUGCAUAUUUCUCGACAACAUACCACCCGAAAUGAAUAAUACUCGUGACAUUUUAGCUCUUCCACCAAUUUGUGUAUCUCAAGACACUUCACGUUUCCGUUACACCUACAAACAUGGUUACCGGUCUUUUAUUCGUGUGGCACGUAUUGUGUCCGAAACUGUUAGUUUAAACCAGUCGGAUGUACGAUGGUAUGUCUUCGGAGAUGGUCACACAGUAUUCAUCCCCGAGAACUUGGUGAAGACUCUUUCCAAGUAUGAUCACGAGCUUUGGUACUACAUUGGAUCAAAUUCAGAGAUUUAUGAACAGAACACGGGCAACUCGUUUGAAAUGGCUUUUUGGGGAGGUGGAUUUGCUGUAAGCGCUCCUCUUGCAAAGGCCUUGGCAAAAGUUUUCGAUUCGUGCUUGGAGCGGUAUCCUCAUCUUUAUGGCAGUGAUGGAAGGAUUUAUGCUUGCUUAGCUGAGCUGGGAGUUGGAUUAACACGUGAACGUGGCUUUCAUCCGGUUGAUGUUCGCGGCAACAUCUUUGGUUUAUUAGCUGCUCAUCCUAUAACACCACUGGUUUCACUUUCACAUUUGAAUGAAGUUGAUCCGAUAUUCCCAAACAUGUCAGCAACUAAUGCUCUGCAUCACCUCUUCAAAUCCGUAACUGCUGAUCCUGAGAGGAUUCUGCAGCAGACUGUAUGCUAUGAUCGCUGGUUUUCUUGGACGAUUUCAGUAUCUUGGGGUUAUGCAGUAGAAGUUUUCAACCAGCAUAUCCACUUGUCUGAUGCUAUUCGUAUACAAGAUACAUUCACUCCAUGGAAAAAAGGAGCAGCAGCAAACUAUCUAUAUAGCACAAGGCCUCUUCAUCCUGACCCAUGUCGAAGAUCUACAAUUUUCUUCCUUAAUGAAGUACAUUCGGAAAGAACAAAAUCCAUGACAAAAUACAGAAGAAUAUUACCUGAGAAUUGCACUUUUGAUCCAAUGAAGUCACCAAAAAAACUGCAGGAGAUUGUGGUACUUUCACGGAAGUCAAACCUUAGCAUCAACCAGUUGCGGGCACCAAGAAGGCAGUGCUGUGAAGUAUUACCUCCCACAACUGUUUCGAGAUUGGAGCUUUCCAUUAGGGAAUGCAGAGACGACGAGCUCAUAAGAAUACAUGUAUAGGACUUCGUUUUAUUGUUGCCUACUUGCCUCUUAUAACUUCCAUUGCAACAAAAGAUGAGGGAUUUUGUUCUUGAAUUACCUCGUCGUCCUUAGUUUCUUGGAUUUCAUUCACUUGAACUCGAUCACCUUGUGCAGAUACAUUAAAACACCAAGGUAAACUGUGGAAAUAGAUUAUGCCUUUCAGUACAUGCUUGAAUGACAGGAUGUGGAGCAUAAUGAGGAAUGGUUCAAGAUUUUUUUAUGAAUGGCAGUAAUAAAAAUAUAUCUAAAGAAUUAAAUUGCACAAGAGGGUAUAAACCCACCAAUUCUAAAUUCUCAAUUCUCAUAACAUAAAACAGUCCUUGAAGAAUGAUAAGGUUAAAUCCUUAUACGGUAACUUGCAGCAGAAUCAGAAUAGAGAAGAAGUAAGAGGAUGAAGGUAAGAAGAAUUAGAGAGAGAAUAGAGAGAAGUUUUGUGCAAUUAAUAUUCCAUAAUAGAAAUUAAUACAACUGAUUUGUGCUUUAAUUAUACUCUCUUAGCACUUUUUACCGCCACACAAAAAUAACAACUUAACAAAUUCAAAAGACGACAAACAAAAACAGAAAAAUACUUGGGAGCUGUUUGGCCUAGUUUCUGAAAGUGUUUCUCAAUCCAAGAAAUAGAAACUCGGCCAAACAAGGGAAAAUUUAUGAACAAUUUGCUCAAAAAAAAAAAAAAAAAAAAAAAAAAAAAAAAAAAAAAAAAAAAAAACUAAUAUAGGCCAAAUAGAGUAAAAUAGUUUCUCAAUCUAAGAAUCACUUCUAAUUUUUGAUGGGCCAAACAAUUCUGUUUCUUGCAAGUGUUUCUCUAGAAAUAGUUUAUGAAAAACAACACUACUUCUAGGAAACAGAGAUUGUUUUCCAAAAGCUUGGCCAAACAUACCCUUAACAACUUUUCCCGCCAAAACUUCAAAUAGAAAUUCUGAAAUUAUAUGAUACUCUAUCAUACUGUAUCACAC